AUGCAUCGACGACCUUGGCCAGCCCAUCCCGUCCUUGCUCGCCCGGGCAUACGGUCUGCCCUUCAUCCUCGGCUAUGUCACCAGCUACAUGCUCGUGGCUCUUGGCAUCUUCAACGUGAUCCUCGCAGUUUAUGUGGACAUCACCAUGAAAGCUGCAAAGGAAAGCGAGGCCGUCACCGCGGAACAGCACUUCCACGAAUCGAUACGGGUCGCGCGGACCACACGGGAGUUGUUGAAGAAAUUCGCGGCAGCCUACCGCCUCUUCCACGAAAUGGAGGAUGA